AUGCCCAAGUGGAGCUCAGAGACAAGUGGUGUUCCUCAGGGGUUGGCACUGGGACCGGCGCUGUUUAACAUCUCUGUCAGAGAUAGCAGGAUUGAGUGCGCCCUCACCAAGUUUGCCAAUGACACCAAGCCAUGUGGGGUGGUCAACACGCUGCAGGGAAGGGACGCCAUCCACAGGGACCUUGACAGGCUGGAGAGGCGGGUGUGUGCGAACCUCAUCAAGUUCAACAAAGCCAAGUGCAAGGUGCCCGCCUCGCGUCUUCACCCUUACCCCCGCUUCCCCUCUCCCCAGUUCCCUCCCGUACCAGAACUCCUUGUUUCCUCAGGUAACCUGUCAGAGUGCGCCGCGCUGCCCUUCGUCAGGCAGCUGGAGAGCCGCAACCAGCGCUGCCCCUGCUUCCUCCGCACCCUGCACGUCGGAGGUACCAUAAGAACAUGUCAGAAAUUUCUCAUUCAGUAUAACAGAAGACAGCUGCUGAUGUUGUUGCAAGACUGUACGAACGAAGAGGAAAGACGAUGCAUACAGAAGUCAUUGUUGAGCUGUUCCCUUACAGAAGAGCAGUCUCAAAGUGGAGACGAGGAAGAUGAUAAUGGCACAGAGACAGACUGAAUGUUACUUGUUACUGUUCAUCUGUCCUGUACUUGUGUAAUUAAGAUGUUACCAGUUGUCUUCAGUGUUAAGCAAAGCAGGGGAACAGAAGCAGCAUCUGUUCAUACUUGACUUCAUUCCCCCAUUCCAAAUGUUCCUAAAUAAAUUUUUGUAAA